UUGAGGGGUUCCCGUAGUUUUGCUUACACUUGUCAGUGUAUAUAUCGCCCGUCUCAUUCGUUGUCUCUCUCUCUCUCUGCUUCAGACCCAAAAAAAAGUUUAGUUUUUGCUAGUUUUGGAAUCGACAUGGCUCCCAAGAGAAGUGGGCUUUUCCUUUCAACUUACUAGGAAUCUGAAGCUGCUCUCUGGUUCUUCUUCUUCUCCUUCUUCUUCUUCCAUUGUCUCUCUUUGCUGCUGUUGUUGUUGACUUUGAUCAUUUCCAGGGACCGAACAUCGAAAUUUCUCUGUGGUUCACUGCAACAAUUACUGGUCGGAUUAGGGCAUGGCUAUGCAAACUGUGUAUUUCAAGGAAAGAGAGGGAAUUUUAGGGAAUAAUCCAAAAGGGCAGAUUCUGUCUCCUCCACAGACCACUUGGUGGAAUGUUUUGGGAUCUCAGCCUUUGAUCCGCCAUGGAAGUACUGUUGGAGAGACAGAACAAGGAAUGGAUAAGCUGAACGCUGCAACUCAGUUCACCUUCUCUGCUGAUGAUGGGCAGAAGCCUCAAGGAGCCCUCACAACACAAUCUGCUUGCUUUGAGUUUGGAUUUGCUCAGCCUACAAUCUUGGCAAAGUAUCCUUAUGUGGAGCAAUACUAUGGAGUUGUUUCAGCCUAUGAAUCUCAAAUGCCGCAGGGGAGAGUAAUGCUGCCUAUGAACAUGGCAACAGAAGAUGGUCCCAUAUAUGUGAAUGCCAAGCAGUAUCAUGGAAUCAUCAGACGCCGCCAGUCCCGUGCUAAGGCUGUUCUCUACAACAAAGUGACUAAUAAGUCUCGUAAGCAACCGUAUAUGCAUUACUCACGCCAUCUCCAUGCCAUGAGACGUCCGAGAGGAACUGGAGGGCGCUUUCUGAACACGAAAAACCCGAACAAAGGAGAAAGAGGAGGUGGCAGUGAUGAAGGAAAGCAGCCUCAGCCUCAGCCUCAGCCAAGUAACUCUCAGAACUCUGAAGUUAUUCAUCCCGAAAACGGGACCAUGAAUUCAUCGAGGGAAGUUAACGGGUCGAAUUUCUCGGGAUCUGAAGUUACAAGUAUGGAUUUCUUUCUGGGUUCUGGUAUGGUCAUACCCAGCAAAUGGAUUGCUGCAGCAGCAGCCAUGGAUAAUGGUUGCUGCAACCUCAAAGUCUGACAUGUGCAAGUGGGGACGUGACAGGACUCGGUUCAAGGGUCGUGUCUCUGUCCCCUUGCAUAUGAGCCGAAUGGAGAGAAGAGAAUUCUUCUUGUCGUGAAAAAAAAAAACGACGGGAAUUCUCCUCGGUUCAAAAGGGCUUUCCCCCUCUUUUGGCCAACCGUUUGACUCUGGAAUAGGCAAAUCAUCUUUGGCUCAUCCUCUCCCGUUAAGGUAUUCAUCAUUUCGGUAUGCAUCCUCUUAAUCAGAUUUCGAGUUGCAAGGAGAGAUGGUGAAUUACCUUAAUGCUAUCAACUUUUUUAUCUUUAAGCACAUGUUGAAAACUAGUGAAGAACAAUGGUGGGAUUCGCUUCUUCAUUGUCCCAAUUCUCUGUGUGUGAGAGAAACUUGGAUUCCUUAGUGUUGUAUGUCUCAGAACCACUGUUGUGUUGUGUCUUUUUUCUGUGUUGUAAUGAAGUUGAACUUGUUUUAUA